CGGGCACGGAACUCAGGAGUCAUCAGGGAGCACUCAGCAGGCGUCAGAGGCCCGGCUACCCACCUUCGAAACUCGGUUUUCCAUUGCAAAGGCCCGGUGCCCGCAGCUGGUUUCUGUGGGGCGUCCCUGUCUGGGUUUCUGUACAGGGAGCACCGAUGUUCGCGGCCCUCAGCGUCGCGUCAGUGAUUGUGGGUUGUGCCGUCGGAGCCCCCUCCCUCAGCCACCUCUAUGUCAUCCAUCGGUCGGGUGCGGGCGACACUCCUGUGGACAUUCAACCUGCCUUCACCCCUUCUCGCCAUGAAUAUGAGGCAAGGCUGUCAUGGCGGGAGGACACUUUCACGGUGAUGGCUGAAGUCACUGAUGCGACACAUGACGAGAUUGGCGAGGUGUACAUCUGCACUGACAAGGGCGACUGUAGCAGAAAGAAGCAGACCAUCGCACUCAUGGACCGGGAAAGGGAGUAAGAACAACAAAGGUGCGAUGCGAGGGACCGAGGGCUGGUUGUACGAUGGCAGGUGGCCGAUUAAAGAAGGAGGGCUGGUCAGGUUUGGUGUACAGGUCAGGCAAAAGAACGGGAAGGACCAGACGGAGUAUUCGGUCCUCAUCAGUCGCGCCCGUAAGACAUGACUGCUUGAGACGGGCGUAUAUUGUUUUGAUUUUGUGCAGCUGGUAACAUUGUGCAGCUGACGUCGAUAGACGUCGAUGGACCGUCCCUGCAGCCACCCUUCAGGGCGGACCAGUCCGACUACAUCCUUCAUCUGUCUGUUAGUGAGGAGGAGGCAGUGCUUCAUUGCCAGCCAGCAGACAUCGGCCAGUUGGUAUACGCGACUGCAGGUACAGACAGGAACACCUACGGCGAGCCAUGUGCCAAUUAUGCUGUUUAUCUUCAGGUGCCGUCAACGGAUUAAGCACUGAGGAGAGCUCUAAGCUGUCAGAGCCACGAAUGCUGACUGAUGCGCUUUCGAUGUACCCUGUCAAGUCGGAUAUUAUGGCUGGAGAGUCGAAUCAUGCCGGGGUCGUUUUUCGCUUCCCUGUACCGAUGAAGUCAAAGCGGGGAAUUGAUAUUCGCGUGACAUCGGCGGACGGUGGGGAACAGAAAAAGAAGACUGAGCCAGCGCAUUUGUCUCCAAUAGGCAGGGGCUAGUCAUGGAUACUACAACAUCGAGGCGUCGCGGCCAGGUACAAAACAAGGGCUAAGGCUUCUCUUGCAGAUGUGUGAGUGUCAACAGGGUGCAUUGCCGGCAUGUAUUUCGAUGACACUCAAAGCAAAUGCGUGCAGUACUGCUCAAAUGGCUUCUUUCCUGAUGAAGGAACGUGCAAAGGUGAAGACUCGAGGUGACAGACCUUUUGCAGUCAGUCAGUCUGUAUUUUGACGAGCGCUCGCCGUCGCACACCUGCGUCUAUCACUUGGUUGUCAUCUCUGUAUGUAUUGUGUGUGUUGUCCGGGCAGCAUGUCCUAGAUUCUGCGCCAGGUGCACUUCCAUGGCCCGAUGCAUCAGUUGCAAGGUGACAUUAUCCACUUCAGCACAAUAGAGCCGGCGAGGAUGCACCUUUGUGUCCAAUCAGGGCAAUUCCAAAAGCCUCACGUACCGAUUGCACAACGGACAGUGUGAUGAAGCGAGCAAACGUGAGGACCGUCAAACCAUCAAAAUGUUGAGUCUUCUCGGUGUUUCUCUUGUCGUCGUCAGCGUUCUUUACGCGGUAUACGAACGUCUUCCUUGGCAGCGUUUUGGCCCUCUCUCUGGCUGCCCUCUCAAUCUUAGGUCUGUGUCCACAAACAAGCUUAACUGCACACACAGGCGACGCUUCUCUCUUCUCCGCACACACAGGCAUAUCUGCAGCGUUUUUCUGCAUUCGACGGAAAAGACACGCUGAUGAUGAACUGCAAACACUGACAGAAAGCACACGAUAAACAACAACAUGUGUGCAUGCCUAGUUGCAAACGACUCAGCAGACUCCCAAAGAAUCAAAGUGACAACCCGAAAAGUCGAAGAGAGAGCCUUCAACGAGGCGCCCUGCGUGGUCCAGUUGUGAGAAGGACACGAACUAGUGAGAGACGAUGACCCCAUUAUGUAUACGUUGCAGCUACUGGAACGGGAAGGAAGAGAGCAGCAACGAGACUAGUGGGAGAAGAUGAUGAGCACAGUGGACAUGCCUUAAACAUUUGUGUCUCAUUUGUUGCAGCCGCAUUGCAAACAAAGGAACGGGCUUUAGAGAAAAAAGGAAUUUCUUGCGUUUUUUUGGGCAGAGACUGAGUGGAACCAGUCCAGAACCAGUCUUAAAUUCCAAUAGUUGAGACAUAUUGAGACACCAAAAAAUGCAAAGAUUGGC